AUGUCGACCUCAACAAAUACCUCCUUCACCUCCGCCCUCUUCUCCGGCGCCCUAGCUGGCACCACAGUCGACCUCUCCCUCUACCCCCUCGACACCCUCAAAACCCGUCUCCAAUCCCCCCUCGGCUUCCGCGGCGCCGGCGGCUUCUCCGGCAUCUACGCCGGCGUCGGCUCCGCCAUCGUCGGCUCCGCCCCCGGCGCAGCCCUCUUCUUCGUAACCUACGAAAACACCAAAUCCUUCCUCUCCUCGCGGCGCACCGCGCGCGACACCCUCGACCCCAGCUCGGCGGACGCACACAAAUGGGAAGCCCCGAUAGAACACAUGAUGGCCGCGUCGCUGGGCGAGGUCGCCGCGUGCGCGGUACGCGUGCCGACGGAGGUGGUGAAGCAGCGCGCGCAGGCGCGGCAGUUCCCGUCGUCGCUGGCGGCGCUGUCGUCGAUUCUGAGCCAGCGCGGGGCCAUUGGCGUGCCGGGCGUGUGGCGGGAGCUGUAUCGCGGGUGGAGUAUUACGAUUUUCCGCGAGGUGCCGUUCACGGUUAUUCAGUUCCCGUUGUGGGAGGCGAUGAAGAAGUGGAGGUUGAGGACUACGCAGAGGGAUGAGGGGAGGGGGAAGAUUGCGGCGUGGGAGAGUGGGUUGGCGGGGAGUAUGGCGGGGGCGACGGCGGCGGGGAUAACUACGCCGUUGGAUGUGCUGAAGACGAGGAUGAUGCUGGCGAAGGAGAAGACGCGGAUGUUUGUACUGUUGAGGCAGAUAUUGAGAGACAGUGGACCCAUGGCCUUCUUUUCGGGGAUCGGGCCAAGGAUUAUGUGGAUUAGCAUUGGAGGAGCUAUCUUCCUGGGAAGCUACCAGUGGGCAUAUAAUGCGUUGGAGGGGAAAGCAGUACAAAAGCGAGAGGAGGCGAUAUGA